GUUCUUGUGUUGGUGCUGGUACAUUCACCGUUGAUUACUCGUGGGCGGAGUCACGUUCCGCCGUGAGUGUCGCGAUUUCGAGCGCCGAAUCUUCGAGUUGGCGGACGAGCCGGUCGAGUUGCUCCUGCGUCAACGUCGCGAGAUUGAGGUCGACCAUGAUCUACCGGUGUUCGUUCAAGAAGCAGACGGGCGUGAGCCUCAAGAACAUGAUGGCGCACGGCGCCUUCCCCACGGAGCGCAAUCUGCUAUCCUCCGCGCAGUUCCUGCAGCAGGAGCUGCCCGUCCGCCUCGCCCACCGCGUCACGGAGCUCGAGAACCUCCCCUACGGCCUCUCCACCAAAGCCCCCGUGCUCAAGGUGCGCGACUGGUACGUGGACUCGUUCAAGGACAUCCGCGGGUUCCUGGCUAUUGAGAGUCGCGAGGAGGAGCUGCGUUUCACACACCUGCUGGCGCAAGUCAAGAUGCGCCACAACAACGUCAUCCCCACGAUGGCGAUGGGAAUCAACGAGUUGAAGCAGGACCUGGGGCGCAAGGGGCGGCUGGACGACCUCCUCGAGAUCCACCAAUUCCUCGAUCGCUUCUACAUGUCACGCAUUGGCAUCCGCAUGCUCAUUGGUCAGCACGUCGCUUUGCACGACCCCAACCCGCCCCCCGACUUCAAUGGGCUCAUCUGCACCAAGGUGUCGCCAGUGGAUGUGGCGCGCAAUGCAGUGGAGGAUGCACGGUCGGCAUGCAUGCGCACGUACGGCUCUGCGCCAGAGGUGGAGAUUUACGGCGACCCGGACUUCACAUUCGCCUACGUGCCAACGCAUCUGCACCAGAUGGUGUUUGAGCUGUGCAAGAACUCCCUACGCGCCGUGCAGGAGCGAUUCGCCGAUGCUGACACAGACCCGCCGCCCAUCCGCGUGGUGGUGGCGGAUGGGAUUGAGGAUGUGACCAUAAAGAUAUCAGAUGAGGGGGGUGGCAUCCCGCGUAGUGGCCUACCCCGCAUCUGGACAUACCUCUACAGCACGGCCCGCUCGCCUGCUGCUGGUGGUGCUCUGCAGGACACACCCUCCAUCAUGUGCGUGCCAGUGUCUUCCUCCGGCGCGGCGCACGCUAGCGCGGUUCCCUCCGCGAACCCCCCUUCCCCGAGCGACGAUCCGCUUGGCGCGGAGCGGCAGUACCGCGGAGUGCGGCAGCGGCGGUGGGGGCGGUGGGUUUCGGAGAUCCGCGAGCCACGGCGGGGUUUGCGCAUCUGGCUGGGGUCGCACAGCAGCGCGGAGCAGGCGGCGCGAGUGUACGACGUCGCCGUGCGACUGCUGCGAGGUAACGGCGCGAUCCUGAACUUCCCGGACGACCAGCGCGAGGUGCCUCUGCCUCCCGCCAUCGCCGAGUCCCUUAUCCACGCCUGCGCGGCCCUCUCCGCCAACGCGCCUGUCUCCGCCAACGCGCCUCUCUCCGCCGACGCGCCUCUCUCCGCCGAUGCGCCUCUCUCCGCCGACGCGCCUCUCUCCGCGCCUGACUCACAGCGUCCCGCUGUCAGCGCCGCUGCCCUCUCCGCCCCUCACGCGCUGCCUGCUGCUGCCGACACAGGCGAGUAUUGCGCUGCUCUCGCUGCCCCUGGUCUGCUCCAGUCGCCCUCGCGCGUGGAAGGAGAGGCGAGGCCGAAGGAGGCAAUGGGCUUGGCUGUUGCGGCGGCUGUGAUGCGCAGUGGAGCGGGCGGCAUUGGGACGUGUGGCAGUGGGGCAGGCGGCACUGUGGGCAGUGGUGGCGAGGAGGAGCGAGUGGAGGAGGAAGUGGUAGAGGAGAUGGAGGAGGAUCAACAGGAGAUGCUGCAGCAGCAGCAGGAUGAGCAGCAGGCGAAGGAGCAGGAGGUGUGGGGGCAUGAGUUGGAGACGUUGCUAGCUUGCGAGCAACAGAUUAGGCAGCAGGUGGCGGAGGAGCAGGGGGCGGAGGAGCAGGUGGCGGAGGAGCAGGGGGCGGAGGAGCAGGUGGCGGAGGAGCAGGGGGCGGAGGAGCAGGUGGAGGAAGAGCAAGCGGCGGGGGAGCAGGUUGGGGGGGAGCAGGUGGGGGGGAAGCAGGUGAGGGGGGAGCAGGUGGGGAGGGAGCAGGUGGGGGAGGAGCAGGUGGGGGAGGAGCAGUCGGGGGAAGAGCGGGUGGAAGGGGAGCAGGCGGGGCAGGUUGAUUGGUUGCUGGCAUGCGAGCAGCUGCCAGUUGAUGAGUUCACCACGUGUGAUUCCCAGGUUGCUCUGCUCGCAUGUGAUGCUGGUGGCCAUGAUGGUGGUGAUGCUCGUGCCACACUUGCUGCUCAUACCCUUUCUGCUCACUCGCUUGCUGCUGUGAGUGAGCCGGCGGUUGGGGCUGGGGAGGAGAGAGGGCGCGGAGGAGUGGCAGCGAUGGGACGCAUCACCACCAUCUUCCCCCUGCUCCUCCCCAUCCUCUCUUUCCUCUCCCACGUCCCCACUGCCUCCCCCAUGCGCAUCCCUGCACACGCCACCACCACCCACCCAGCACCUGAGGCACUGUGA